AUGGACGAGACGGCGAGGACAGAGUACCCGGCCAUGCUGGCUGUUCUGCAGCCCGGCCAGGCCGUGCAGACGCUCAACGACCGGAUGAAGCGCAUCAACAAGAUCAACCUCGAGAUCGCCGACUGGCUCCAGGAGCGCCGUCGCGUCGAAGAGCAAUAUGUGCUGGCCAUGCGCAAGCUGGCCCAGUUCCGAGUCCCCAAUGCGCAGUCCGAGCUGGGUGUUUUCCAGGUUCCGUGGUCCCGAAUCAUCGAGUCCGUCGAACGCAACGCACAGUCCCACCAGCUGUUCGCCGAUCGCCUCGGCAAUGAUGUCGAGCAGCCGCUGAGGGCCUUCCCGCAGCGCCAGGACACCCAGAACAUGACCAACAUCGCAAACAACUUGGCCACCAUGGCCCGGGAGCUCGACGACGCGCGAAGCCAGUCCGACAAGCUCACCAAGAAGGGCGGCAAGGCCAGCACUCAAAAGGUCGACCUCGCGUCGUCCAAGCUUGAGUCGGCCACGCAGCAGUGGGAAUCGCAGUCGCCCUUCAUCUUUGAGACGCUCCAGGUGCUCGAUGAGUCGCGCGUCAACUUGCUGCGUGACCUGUUGACUCAACUUGAAACCCACGAGUCUGAUCGGGCACAGCGAAGCACCGACAUCGCCGUCGAGACACUGGCACAGAUGUUGGAGAUUAGCACGGAGAGGGAAGUGCAGAGCUUUGUGCAAAAGGUGACUGCUGGCAAAGGCUCACUGCCACCAUCGAGGACGGUGACGAGACGCUCGACGACGCACAUGUCGCAGAAUUCCGCCAGCGGGACUAGUGCUCCAUCGACGCCGAAUCCCUCGCAGCCGCCGCCAGAAGACGAUGUUAGCGAGCACAAUUCGCUACCCAACAAUGAAGCUAAGCCGGAAUCCAAACUACGCAGAUUAGGUACCAUGUUUGGUGGUCGACGACGACAGAGCGUCCACGCAGGCUUCGGUUCUCUCUCACCUCAGAAAUCAUCAACUGGCGCAACCUUUGGGCGACUUGGCAGCAGCCAUGGCCGGGCCGUCUCCCCGAUGACUUCCUCCAGCAACCUCCAGGAAUCCAACCGAUUGUCCAUCUUGCCUGAGAUGCCAGAUGCAGCCCGCAGGCCGCAAUCAUCGUCCGACGCCAUGCACGGGGAGCCGUCGUUGAAUGGAAAUGGUAACACAAAUGGCCUUGGACCUGGCGAAUCUCUUUUGGAUUCUCCCGCUCCAGAGAUGCCGUCAAGUGUAGUUAAUGGCAACCAUAAUGUGGAGCAACAGCAAUCCGAGGCUACCGCCUCAUCCGAACCGUCAUCAGCCCAGCCAAGCCAACAGGAGGCCACUUCUCCGAUUGUUUCCAAAGAUGAGGAGGGCUUCACAAUACGGGCACCAAUGAACGACCCCAUCUCGGAGGCCCAGAGAGAAGCCGCUGCCGACGAAGCCGAUCAAGGUUUCAAGCUUAAUAUUCAGAAUUCACCAAUCGAAGAAGAGGACCCUGAGGCGGCACAGGCCGCCCUGUCGAAUGUGGCCAAUACACUUCGAGUGGGCUCCGCCAACAUAAACCGACGCUCCAUGACGGUGAGGGGCCGCCGUGACGUGCGCAACACCAUCUAUGCGCCUGUGUUGCCUCACUUUGGUGAUGGCCAGUCAGAUAACGCCAUCCCUGCCAUGCCCGCCGUUCCGGGAUCUCCUCCUCGUCCUCCGUCGUCUCGGCCCGCCGCCGUGGCUGCACUUGCUUCCGAGGCUAGCGCCGCCUCCGAUACCCAGUCUGUGCGGUCCGGAAACUCGCUCGGCAGCCAUCAUACGAAGCACCCGGAGCUGACGGGGCCCGGACUGAAUGCCUCCAUUAUCGAGACUGUUUCAGCUCACUUUGAGGGCGGCGAGCUGAAGAGCACGUCAGUUACGGGAGAGGUUGCUUUUGCCAAUAAUCCUACAGGCGAUGUUGACACUGCCAAGACACAUGAAACCAUUCGUAUCAACAACUUUGCCAACUUGGAACGCAUCGGCCCCAACCGAAUCUUUGUUCACAACGCUUCUCCUGACCAGCCCGACCAGUACGCCCUGGACGUUUCUCACCUUUCUGCUUCCAAGACCGCGACUGCUUUCUCUUACCGCGUUUUCUCUGACGGAUCAGAGGCCCAUUCUCUCAACCAACAUGUUCCUCUCCUUGUCAACCCCGUUUGGAAAUCUCAGGGCGACAAGCUCGGCCUUCUCCUGCAGUAUCAUCUCAAUCCCGAAUGCAAGUGGACAGCUCCCGUCACUCUCCACAACGUUGUCUUUGUGGUCUCAUAUGACGGCAAAGCCACCGGAGCCCAGACGAAACCCAGCGGCACCCAUUUGAAGGACAAGCAUAUUGUUUACUGGAGACUGGGAGACGUAACUCUCACAGAUGUCGCACAGAAGAUCGUCUGCCGCAUCGUUGGCGCCGACGGCGUGGAGCCGCAGCCCGGCAACGUUGAAGCUAGGUGGGAAUACGCUGUCUCGGGUGAAGAUGUCGUCGGCAGCGGCAUCUCCAUCUCCAGACUGGAGACUGUGAACAAGGACGCCGUGGAGAGCGAUCCAUUUGCGGAUGAAGAGAACCCUGCUAGCUCAAACCCGUCGCUCGCAGAGCAGACGUGGGUAGAUGUGCCGAUUACGAGGAAGCUUGUGAGCGGCAAGUACGAGGGGAAAUAA